AUGAAGAAUAAUUACGAUCAUCCGAAAAUACCGUACGUUGAGUCUUCUGUGUCGCCCUCACGCCCAUCUACUACGGCUAGCUCCGCACACGACAUCCUUUCUACCCAAAUAUACGAUUUAUUCAACCAAUUAGAUGAAUUCCGUGACUCGCUGUCAAAAGCUUAUGAUGCGGAAAGAAAGGCGAGACAAGAGGCACAUGAGGCUACACAAAGACAACUGGCGGGGAUGCAGGAUUUUCUACAGGGAAUGGCACAAGAUUAUGUUCGGAUGAAGAGGCGGGAAAGGAUGGGUAUACUAGAAUUGGGUUUAUUUGGAGCAAGUGGAGUUGUUAGUUCUGGGAAGCGUGAAUUGAGUGGUGAGCUUGAGGACAGUAUGGUGGAUGAUGAUAUUGGUGGGGCUGGAGAUGUGUAUAUGGAGGAUAUCGAUGAUUCGCAGCAAAGCGUAGAGCUUGGGUUGGAUGAGAGCUCGACUACUUUGGGCAGAAGAGUACAGCUGUCAGUAUCUGUUGAGACGGGUGCGGAGGGUGAGAGAGAAGAGGCUGGACUAGUAGAAGAGGAGGAGGAGGAGGAGCUCGAGACAGAAGAUGACUCGCUACCUAUUGCGAGGGCUCGACAGCGAAGGCAUGUAUCUCAAACAAUCAGCCCGACAAUACCGCCCCAACACCCGCACGACGGCAGCACAACAGAAAGCGACACUCCUGUUGACGAUGCUGAAUCCGAAUCAGAACCAAUCUCAGUGGAAGCAUUAAAACGGUCGUUACAGCUUGGGACAAGGGUGAAAAAGAUACAGAAGCAAUAUACAGCGGACUCAAGAUCAAGCGAGGGAAUUUCCCGGCGAGGAGCUCAACAACGAGGUGUGACUGAUGCUAACCAGUUCAGCCAGUAUUCGGUUCCUCCGAAUCAGGAGGAAGAAGACGACGAGACCUAUAGGGAAUCUCCUAUUACUACCCCAGAGAGGGAGGCCCAGCCUACUGAACAGCAGCUGCGGGAAACAUCUUUGGAGCUUGAAUAUGGGAUAACGUCGCCAAGGAAGCAACGUCCACAGAGAAAAACAGCUCAGGUGGGCAACUAUUAUGACUGGGACAGGUAUGUUACUGGCGGAGUUGUGUCAACGCCCGCACAAAAUAAGGACAAAGGAAAAGAACCUCUUAAUGGUUCGCCAACAAAACAGACGAGAAAAGGAGGAAGAAGCAGCGAUUCAUCACCAGGCUUAGAAAUAGUGGAGAGUAGAGUCGUAGGUGGGAGGGGCAAGCACGGAAAGCGGCUGUCCGUUGAUCUCGGAGAAAGUUCCGGGGAGGUAAUUAUCGUGAAGUCAAGCUCGAGGCGGUUAUGA